AUGGCCCAGGGCGCGUUGAUCCAUGUGGCCCCUGAGCAGCCCACCCACGCCGUGUGUGUGGUGGGCACAGCGACUCCGCUGGAUGUCUGUGGCUCUGCUCCUCCGGGCUGCACAUCCUUUGGCAUCACCGCCUCCCCAGGGGUAGUCAUAGAUGUCAACCACAGUCCUCCAGCCAAGAGGAGUACCGCCGGUGCCGCCAAAUGGCCUCUGGACCCCAAGCUGGAGGUGACCCUACAGGUGAAGGCAGCCAGCGACAGCACAGACGACCAGAAAGUUCGAAUUUCAUAUUAUGGACCCAAGACCUCACCGACCCAAGCCCUGCUCUACCUCACCGGGGUGGAAGUCUCCCUGAGCGCAGACGUCACCCGCACGGGCAGAGCGAAGCCCAAAAAAGCUGGGCAGGAUCAGAGCACCUGGACCUGGGGCCCAGGUGGCCACGGCGCCAUUUUGUUGGUAAACUGUGACAAAGAGAACCCCAAGUCUUCCAGAAUGGACUUCGAGGAUGACAAGGUCUUAGACAACAAAGACCUGAAGGACAUGUCUCUAAUGACCCUAAGCACCAAGACUCCCAAGGACUUCUUUGCCAAUUAUCAGCUGGUGCUGCACGUGGCCAAGGCCAAGAUGAACAAAGUGCGAGUGUUCCAGGUCACACGGGGCAGGCUGCCAUCCAGGUUUAAGGUGGUCCUGGGGCCACAGCAGUUCUCACACCACCUGGAGCUCCCCGGUGGCCAGCACAGCACAGACUUCUACGUGGAGGGGCUUGCUUUCCCUGACGCCGACUUCCAGGGGCUUGUUCCCCUCACUGUCUCCCUGCUGGACACAUCUAACCCGGAGCUCCCUGAGACCCUGGUAUUCCAGGACAGCGUGACUUUCCGUGUGGCCCCCUGGAUCAUGACUCCCAACACUCAGCCCCCCCAGGAGGUAUACGUGUGCAGGUUUUCUGAAAACGAAGACUUCCUAAAGUCAUUGACUGUUCUGACCAAGAAAGCCAAGUGCAAGCUGACUGUGUGCCCGGAGGAGGAGAAUUUGGAAGACCAGUGGAUGCAGGAUGAAAUGGAGAUCGGCUACAUCCAGGCUCCCCACAAGACGCUGCCCGUGGUCUUUGACUCCCCGAGGGACAGAGGCCUAAAGGACUUCCCGGUCAAACGAGUCAUGGGCCCAAAUUUUGGCUACGUGACCCGAGGGCCCUUCACAACAGAGGUCACUGGGCUGGAUGCCUUUGGGAACCUGGAGGUGAGUCCCCCCGUCACCGUAGGGGGGAAGGAGUACCCGCUGGGCAGGAUUCUCAUCGGGAGCAGUGGCUACUCCAGCAACAAGAGCCGGGACAUGCACCAGGCCCUGCAGGACUUCCUGGGCGCCCAGCAGGUGCAGGCCCCCGUGAGGCUCUUCUCUGAUUGGCUCUUUGUGGGUCACGUGGAUGAGUUCUUGAGCUUUGUCCCAGCACCGGACAGGCAGGGCUUUCGGCUGCUGCUGUCCAGCCCCAGAGCCUGCUUCCAGCUCUUCCAGGAGCUACAGAGCCAGGGCCACGGUGAGGCGCCCCUGUUCCAAGGACUCGAGAGAAAAAAGCAGCAUACAAUCAAUGACAUUCUAUCCAGCAAGAAACUGAGGGACCAGAAUGCCUAUGUGGAGAGCUGCAUUGACUGGAACCGGGCAGUGCUGAAGCGGGAGCUGGGCCUGGCAGAGGGUGACAUCAUCGACGUCCCACAGCUCUUCAAGCUUGUGGGGAAUUCCAGAGGGAACCGGAAGGCCGAGGCCUUCUUCCCAAACAUGGUGAACAUGCUGGUGCUGGGCAAGCACCUGGGCAUCCCCAAGCCCUUCGGGCCCAUCAUCAAUGGCCACUGCUGCCUGGAGGAGAAGGUGCGCUCCCACCUGGAGCCGCUGGGCCUGCACUGCACCUUCAUCAAUGACUUCUAUACCUACCACGUGUACCACGGAGAGGUCCACUGCGGCACCAACGUGCGCAGGAAGCCCUUCGACUUCAAGUGGUGGCACAUGGUGCCAUGAGGCGCUGCCUCUGGCUGGCUGCCAUGAAGAUUGUCCUGGCCAGAGAUCUGGGGAUAUUAGGGCUUCCCCAGAGGUGGGCAUCCCUCCCUGCCACUGUGGCUUGCUCGCUUCACCCAUGCCAGCUCUUGUCCCAUCU